CUCUGUUAGAAGACGUGGAGAGAGGGGUGUUGAGCUCUGAAAAGUCAAGUGUUGUUUCAGGUGAAUAAAACCUUGUUAGUUCGAGGAUGAAGAAGAGUCUGUUUUUAACAAUAAAUUGCAUAUCAGGACUUUAAUGUUAGGGUGAAAUUGCAAAUAUUUUCUGGAUACUAAUGAUGUGUUAGUUGGUGCCUGCCGACGAGUCUACGUGUCGCACUAAGAGGGGUGCGCUUAUUUGGACAAGAUCGAUAUGUACGAGUGUGAUGGAGUAUUUUCCCCUUUCCAUUAACUUAUUUUCCACAUUUAGUCAUUAUUUCGAACCAAACUUUUGACUGUCAUGAUUUAGUAAAGCAAGUACCAGUUUGUCGGCAAAGCCAGUUGGUUGGAUCCAAACCGGAAGUGAGGUGUUCCUCUCCAGGAUAAACAGCUGGGAAGAAAAAAGCAAGAGUAUCUGAUCCAGUGAAACCAGUUGGAGCCCGGUUUUUCUUUCUUUCUUCUUUUUUUGUUUAUUUUCUUUUUCUUUUUUCACCCGGACGAGUACAGGUCUUAUUGACUAGCAAGCAGAGACUGUUUGCUCUGGGCCAACUGUGAGUUGGCGUGCAAUGGUUCGAACCAUGGUCGUCACAGCCACCAGCCUGGCUCUCACCACUGCUGUGGUGGCACAUGCCUACUACCUAAAGCAUCAGUUUUACCCUACUGUUGUAUACCUUACAAAGUCUAGUCCUAGCAUGGCGGUUUUAUACAUCCAAGCAUUUGUACUGGUAUUUCUUCUAGGAAAGUUUAUGCGAAAAGUAUUUUUUGGACAGCUGCGUGCUGCUGAGUUAGAGCAUCUUAUUGAGCGUUCUUGGUAUGCUGUGACUGAGACCUGUCUGGCCUUCACUGUCUUCAGGGAUGACUUCUCUCCACGAUUUGUUGCACUGUUUACGCUCCUUCUCUUCCUAAAAUGUUUUCACUGGCUAGCUGAAGAUCGUGUUGAUUUUAUGGAGAGGAGUCCUAAUAUUUCCUGGCUGUUUCAUUUCCGUGUCCUGUCUUUAAUGAUAUUGCUGGGCACACUUGAUUUCCUGUUCGUUAACCAUGCCUGCCACAGCAUCAUCACCCGUGGGGCAUCAGUACAGUUGGUGUUUGGUUUUGAGUAUGCAAUCCUAAUGACCAUGGUUUUGACAACGUUCAUUAAGUACAUCCUACACUCCAUAGAUCUUCAAAAUGAAAACCCUUGGGACAAUAAAGCUGUUUAUAUGCUGUACACUGAACUUUUCACAGGUUUCAUCAAAGUGCUACUCUACAUGGCUUUCAUGACCAUUAUGAUAAAGGUUCACACGUUCCCAUUGUUUGCUAUCCGCCCUAUGUACCUGGCAAUGAGGCAGUUUAAGAAAGCUGUAACUGAUGCUAUCAUGUCAAGACGGGCAAUCCGUAAUAUGAAUACCCUGUACCCUGAUGCCACUCCAGAAGAACUGCAGGCAACUGAUAAUGUUUGCAUUAUUUGCCGUGAAGAGAUGGUGACUGGUGCCAAAAGGCUACCCUGCAAUCACAUUUUUCAUGCUAGUUGUCUACGUUCGUGGUUCCAGCGGCAACAGACUUGUCCCACCUGUCGUAUGGAUGUAUUGCGGGCUUCUCUUCCCAAUCAGACACCUGCUCCUGCUCCUGCACAGCAACCUGCUCCACCUGCAGCACCAAACCCCCAGAUGCCACCACCUCCAAACAUUCCUCCUGGAAUUUUACCUCCUUUUCCUCCAGGGAUGUUCCCUUUUUGGGGUCCCUUCCCUGCUGCUGGACCUGCUGCAGGUGGUGCAAAUGUAAUGCAGACUCCACCAACAACUCCACAACCCACACCCACAGCCACAACCGCCGAGAAUUUAGGAGAAGCUACCAAUCCUAGUAGUCCUCGUGCUACUGGGACUGGGCCUGGACCUGAAGCUGCGCCUGCUGGCAGCAUCCCAGCGUUUCCAUUUUCUUUCCCUCCUCCAUGGAUGGGCAUGCCGCCUCCACCUCCUCCUCCUCCUCCUUUUGGAAUGCCUCCAAUGCCAGUACCGCCUCCAGGCUUCUCUGGCCUCAGUGAUGAUGAACUACGUGCCAUGGAAGGUCAUGAAAGAAGAAACCUGGAGGCCCGACUGCAGUGUCUGCAGAAUAUUCACACACUCCUGGAUGCUGCAAUGCUGCAGAUCAAUCAGUACUUGACUGUACUGGCCACAAUCGGGCCUGCUCCUACUUCUGCUGGUUCAACUGAAGGGGCUUCUACCAGCACAGCCCAACUAAAUGGGUCUGCUGAAAACAACUUGCAGAGUGAGGAAUCCCAGCAAUCUGUGCCAAUGGAAAAUGGCUCUGAGCUCGAGGGAGCAGUUGGUUUUACUACAUCAGCACCAGACUCGACCACAGGAGACCUGGACGACGUGGAAGGAGAGCCAGACACGGCAGAGUUGAGGAGACGAAGGCUUCGUAAACUGGAAACCUCCGUACCAUCGUCGGGACUUUGAAACUCGUGACUGCCUCAGUGGUGCAAUCAAAGGUCUCGCUUCACUCUCUUCUCUAUGACGGAGUGGUUCCCUGGACCAGCAGCGUUGGGGGAUUUGAUAGCUUUCACGUUUAAAGAACUGCAGUUGAAACUUUAAAUGUGGGUUUUUUCUAUUGUUAUCUGAUUCAAGUCAGAUGGUUUGUGGUUCUCUGUUUCUAAACCUGAGCAGCCUUAUAGAACUGUCUGAUUUUUGGGAAGACACCAGCCUGCAUAUGACAAGUGCUAAUAUAAUAAGUCCUUUAAUUGUUUAUGGAUUGAACUUUCAUGAUGGCCAAUUGUUGUAAUAGCAACUUCAUGGUACUCUGAAAAACUCGAGGUUUAAUUUAAGGCGGUCUGUAGUCUUCUGUUUUGCACUUGAGAACCAAAAAAAAAAA